AUGCCUUUGCCACUGGUCUUUAUCUUUCCUUGCCUUGUACUGGCCAGCCUCGGGACCCUCCAACAACCCCUUCAAGUGUACGAAAACCAGUCCAGUUCGCCCUUUGAUGCAAAUUUUGACCAAAGGGUCAAUUGGGCCCUUGAACAUUUCAGUAUCCCUGGUCUGGCCGUUGCAGUCGUUCAAGGAGAUACAUUUGUUAAAGGCUAUGGCGUCUCGAAUACUAUCAGUUCCGAGCCGGUGACAGAGCAUACUCUAUUUUUCACAGGAAGCACGACUAAGGCCUUCACUUCUGCGGCCAUCUCUCUCCUUGUUGACGAUAACAUUAAUUUCCCAGCCAUCCAUUGGGAUACACCGGUCCACACUAUCAUUCCAGCGGAUUUUGUACUCAACGAUACUUGGUCUACAUCGCAAAUGACAAUUGUUGACAUUUUGUCUCAUCGCUCUGGCCUUCCACGCCACGACUGGGUUUGGCUCGCGGAUGUAACGCUUCAAGAGGCUGUACGAUCAAUGAGACAUCUUCCAUUUACGGCCUCUCCACGGACAGAAUGGCAAUAUUCAAAUCUUAUGUAUUGCGCGGCGUCUCAUCUUAUCGAGACCGUGACGAACCAGUCGUUGCAGGAGUUCUUGACCGAAAAUCUCUGGCUGCCUAUGAAUAUGACAGAGACUUAUCUUUCCCUCUCCGAGGCUCGAGACGCACAACGAGAUAUUUCACAAGGCUAUUAUGUGGAUUUUGACGGUAAAAUUGCCUCCACUGAGCAAUUAUUUACAGAUACUAUCCGUGGAGCAGGUAACAUAUUGUCGUCGGUAUCAGAUUACGCCAAGUGGAUUUCAACCAUGCUGAAACGUGGACCACCAUUCUCCCAGACAGGCUACGAAAAAUUGUUUGGUGGCCACUCUAUAGUAUCGCCUAAUCCUAUUGAACCGUUUCAAACUCCCACACUUUACGGACUAGGAUGGAUGUCACAAGCAUAUAAGGGCGAGAGGAUACUAUUCCACGAAGGAUCCCAGUUUGGGUAUGGAGCGUCCGUUAUGCUCUUACCAGAGCGAGACUUGGGGCUUGUGUUGCUAGGAAAUAAUAUGGAUGGGGUUAACGCGGCGUCAAAUGCACUUGCUUAUCACGUGAUUGACGAAGAAAUGGGCAUUCCCCUUGAGAGUCGAUUUGACUGGGUUGCGAGAGGCGAUGCAAUGAUCAACGACAGAUACCUUUCUGAAAACAUCCUAUCAGAGCUCUAUCCAAGAAUUCCUGAUCCGCCAUUGGCAAGCCCUGUCAAUUUCUCUGCCUAUGAAGGUUCCUAUACCCACCCAGCUUACCCAGAGCUUAAGAUGUCCAGCAACUGCAGGGUUGACCGCGCCUACCAAGUACUAAACCGAACAAGCCCUGACCUGUGCGCCUCACUUGCAAGAUACAAUGACUACUCCAAAGAUUUGGAAAUAGGAUUUUUUCAUGUCUCCGGCACAUAUUGGCUUCAAAUUGCGGUGAGGUGGGGCCUUCCCAGUGCUGCCCGGGUGGAGUUUCGGAUUGGCCCUGAUGGCUCAGCAAGCUGGCUAGGAAUUGAAAUCGAGCCUUCGAUGGCAAAGCGGGAGGAAAGGAUAUGGUGGAGACAUGUAAUAUAG